AAUUAAAAAAAAACUUUAUUUAUAUACCGCCCUAUCUCCCGGAUGGGACUCAGGGCGGUUUACAGUCAUAAAAGCAACACAAACAUUACAUAACAACAUAAUAACACAUUAUUAAACAAAGUAAAACAAUACAAUUAUAACAAUAAAUCACACUUACAUGACCAGAUCAAUCUGGGCCAGCUAACACCUCCCAACAAAGAAUAAGCAUUGAAUAGCCUUUCCAUUUCAAGGUUUGGCUGGGGGAAUCCUUUGUUGGGAGGUGUUAGCUGGCCCUGAUUUAUUCAUGUCCAGAAUUCCCCUGUUUUCUGAGUGCUGUUCUUUUAUUUUUUAAAGUUUGGGUGAGUUUCAGUUCUUAAGUGCUUGGCGCGUGUUGGAUCUCGCAUCGUAAAUACGAAUUUAAUGAAUCUGAUUUAAUUUACGACAGCUAAUGAUAAAAUUGAACAUCCCCAGUACUUCCUUCGAAAGUAGUUGUUCUGCUCUAGAAACUUAAGUUUAAACGAUGUUGAAUUGGUUGAGACUCCAUACGAGAUACAGUAGAGUCUCGCUUAUCCAACAUUCGCUUAUCCAAUGUUCUGGAUUAUCCAACGCAUUUUGUAGUCAAUGUUUUCGAUAUAUCAUGAUAUUUUGGUGCUAAAUUCGUAAAUACAGUACAGUAGAGUCUCUCUUAUCCAACGUCAACGGGCCAGCAGAACGUUGGAUAAGCGAAUACGUUGGAUAAUAAGGAGAGAUUAAGGAAAAGCCUAUUAAACAUUAAAUUAGGUUAUGAUUUUACAAAUUAAGCACCAAAACAUCAUGGUAGACAACAAAUUUGACAGAAAAAGUAGUUCAAUACUCAGUAAUGCUAUGUAGUAAUUACUUUAUUUAUGAAUUUAGCACCAAAAUAUCAUGAUAUAUUGAAAACAUUGACUACAAAAAUGCGUUGGAUAAUCCAUAGAAGGUACACGUAAUGGCAGAGAAGGUACCCCUUUGGGUUGGACUAGAUGGCCUUUGGGGUCCCUUCCAUGUCUAAGGGUGGACUAGAGGGCCUUGUAGAUGGACUAGAUCAGGGAUCCCCAAACUAAGGCCCUCCAAGGUCUUUUACCUGGCCCCUGUCCUUAACUUUAGACUUAGGGUUGACCUAAGUCUACCUGGUCUACCUGGUACUUAUAGCCUUAUGAGAUUGUCUACAUGGUCCUUGGAGGUCUCUUUGCCUAGCUAUGGCCGUAUGAGACCAUCUAGAUGGCUUUUGGAGGUCACUUUUGUUACCUAUGGUCCUAUGAGACCAUCUAGAUGGCCUUUGAGGGUCCCUUUCCUUAUCUGUGGUUUUAUGAGAUUGUCUUGAUGGCCUUUGGGGGCCCCUUUCCUUACCUAUGGUCUUACGAGACCAUCAAAAUGGUCUUUGAGGAUCCCUUUCCUUAUCUAUGGCCCUAUGGUCUAGAUGGCUUUUGGAGGUCCCUUUCCUUACCUAUGGUCCUAUGAGACCAUCUAGAUGGUCUUUGGAGGUCUCUUUGCUUACUUAUGGUCUUAUGAGAUCAUCUAGAUCAGGGGUCCCCAAACUAAGGUGCAUGGGCUGGAUGCGGCCCCCCAAGGUUAUUGACCUGGCCCCUGUCCUAAACUUUAGACUUAGGGUUGACCUAAGUCUGAAACAUCUUGAAGGCACUCAGCGACAACAAUCCUAAUUUUGGACUAUUUCAUCCUAGUCCGGCCCCCCAACAGCCUGAGGGACUGUGAAUCGGCCCCCCACUUAAAAAGUUUGAGGACCCCUGGACUGGAUGCUCUUUGGAGCCCCUUUGAAGUCCUGUGAUUCCAAGACUAGAUGGCCUUUGGGGCCCCUUCCAAGUUGUAAGAGUGGACUAGAUGGCCUUUUCGUUCCAAGUCUAAGAGUGGAUUAGAUGGCCUUUGGGGCCCCUUCCAAGUCUGAGAUUCCAAGACUAGAUGGCCUUUGGAGGCCCUUCCAACUCUGAGAAUGGAUUAGAUGGCCUUUGGGUUGGACUAGAUGGCCUUUGGAGCCCCUUCCAACUCUGAGAAUGGAUUAGAUGGCCUUUGGGGCCCCUUCCAAGUCUGUGAUUCCAAGACUAGGUGGCCUUUGGAGCCCCUUCCAACUCUGAGAAUGGAUUAGAUGGCCUUUGGGGCCCCUUCCAAGGCUAAGAGAGGACUAGAGGGCCUUGUAGAUGGACUGGAUGCUCUUUGGAGCCCCUUUGAAGUCCUGUGAUUCCAAGACUAGAUGGUCUUUGGGGCCCCUUCCUGGUCUCAGAGUGGACUAGGUGGCCUUUUCAUUGGACUAGAAGACCUUUGGGGGCCCUUCCAAGUUGUAAGAGUGGACUAGAUGUCCUUUUUGUUGGACUAGAUGGCCUUUGGAGGCCCUUCCAAGUCUAAGAAUGGAUUAGAUGGCCUUUGGGUUGGACUAGAUGUCCGUUGGAGCCCCUUCCAAGUCUAAGAGUGGACUAGAGGGCCUUGUAGUUGGACUAGAUAGCCUUUGGAGCCCCCUCCAACUCUGACAAUGGACUAGAUGGCCUUUGGGUUGGACUAGAUGGCCUUUGGAGCCCCUUCCAAGUCUAAGGGUGGACUAGAUGGCCUUUGGAGCCCCUUCCAACUCUAAGAAUGGAUUAGAUGGCCUUUGGGUUGGACUAGAUGGCCUUUGGAGCCCCUUCCAAGUCUAAGGGUGGACUAGAUGGCCUUUGGAGCCCCUUCCAACUCUGAGAAUGGACUAGAUGGCCUUUGGGUUGGACUAGAUGGCCUUUGGAGCCCCUUCCUGGUCUGAUUUCCCAACUGUGCUUGUGCAGCAACCGUUUGGAGCCUCUUCUCUGGACCUGGGCAGCCAGCAUUUCCUUUGCGCAUGGAAACGCAUUGGCCACGGCUGCCGCUGCGUGGCCGGCCAAGCACCUUGGGGCCUGGACGGGGCUCAAGAAAGAGGCCCGCGGAUGAUAAGCAUCGCGCCUGGCAAGGAGGCCGGCAGCGGCUGACAACCCCUUCCAAUCCGCCGAUCAUAAAUCCUUAUAAAGCCACGUCUCUCUCUUGUCGGGAGGAAAUGAAUCGGGACGGAUGGCCCCAAAAGCAGGCCUUCUAAGGAAGGUGGAGUGGCCCGGCGGUGCCAAGGAGCGACAGGCUUGCCCAAGAGUGACUUCUUUCCCUUUGUGUCGUAGGAAUUGGACACGGGGUUAUUCCAGGUGAAUGGAGUGGAAUAGAAUAGCAUGCUUCUUUCCACUUAUUUCCAUUGAGGCACCCUUGAAUGGCAUUGGCCUUUUUUGCUGCAGCAUCACACUCCUGGGACUCCAUCCCGUUAAGGCAACGGAAUGGAUGGAAAUGUUUGGCUCGGUACAACUCAAAAUCAGAAUAUAAUAAUAAAUGUAAUCAUAAUGGUCAUGUUGGGUCUGUGUGCCAAGUUUGGUCCCAGUCCAUUGUCGGCGGGAGUCACAGGAGUGCAAGUCCCAUCAUCGGUGGCAAGCGUGGUCCACAUCCAUCGUUGCUUGGGUUGGAUGUCAGUCAAGUACAAGUCCUGUCAAUCAUGGUGAAUUCUCCCCAAAGUCUUGUUCGGUUGCUGAUCAAUUCCUCUGUGAACUCCGUGUGAUAGGAAAGAGUGGGAAAGGGUUAAGGGAGAGGCAGUGGGCGGGGUCAUGCAAAUGAAGGCACCCUGGGAUGUCACUAUGUGCUCACUAUGACCUGCAUGUUGGUGGAGGGAGGGCCACGCGUGUCUCCUGCGCAGUGGGAACCAGAGCUCUUUGUGGAAUUGGGAGGAGGAUGUCUGUGCACGUGGACUCCUCCACCACAUGCAUUCUUAUCGUUGCAUCGCUUUCUUCUUCUGAGGCCGUUGGAGCGGUUUGUGGGAAGCUAUCUCCUGGUUGCAGAAAGGCUUCCUCUGACCACAGCUUCCGGUCCGUUCUUGGCACAAAGCGAGCCUUCAAAACAAGGAGGACUAGAUGUCCUUUGGGAUGGACUAGGUGGCCUUUGUGUCGGACUAGAUAUCCUUUGAGUUGGACUUGAAGGCCUUUGGGUUGGACUAGAUGUUGUUUGGGUUGGACUAGAUGUCCUUUGAGAUGGACUAAGUGGCCUUUGUGUCGGACUAGAUAUCCUUUGAGUUGGACUUGAAGGCCUUUGGGUUGGACUAGAUGUUGUUUGGGUUGGACUAGAUGUCCUUUGAGAUGGACUAAGUGGCCUUUGUGUCGGACUAGAUAUCCUUUGAGUUGGACUUGAAGGCCUUUGGGUUAGACUAGAUGUUGUUUGGGUUGGACUAGAUGUCCUUUGAGAUGGACUAGAUGUCCUUUGAGAUGGACUAGAUGUUGUUUGGGUUGGACUAGAUGUCCUUUGAGAUGGACUAGAUGUCCUUUGAGAUGGACUAGAUGUUGUUUGGGUUGGACUAGAUGUCCUUUGAGAUGGACUAGAUGUCCUGAGUGUCGGACUAGAUGUGUUUUGUGUUGGACUAGAUGUCCUUUGAGUUGGACUUGAAGGCCUUUGGGUUACACUAGAUGUUUGGGUUGGAUUCGAUGUCCAUUGUGUUGGACUAGAUGUCCUUUGAGAUGGACUAGAAGGCCUUUGUUUUAGAUUAGAUAGCCUUUGUGUUGGACUAGAUGGCCUUUGGGUUGAAGUUAAAGGCCUCUGGGUUAGACUAGAUGUGUUUUGUGUCAGACUAGAUGUCCUUUGUGUCGGACUAGAUGUCCUUUGUGUCGCACUAGAUGUGUUUUGUCAGACUAGAUGUCCUUUGUAUUGGACUAGAUGUCCUUUGAGUUGGACUAGAAGUCCUUUGGGUUGAAGUUAAAGGCUUUUGGGUUGGACUAGAUGUUCUUUGAAUUGGACUAGAUGUCCGUUGGCUUGGACUAGGUGGACAUUGCGUUGGACUUCAAGGCCUUUGGGUUAGACUAGAGACUAGAUGUCCUUUGAGAUGGACUAGAAGGCCUUUGAGUUGGACUAGAUGUCCUUUGUUUUUGACUAGAUGUGUUUUGUGUUGGACUUUGUAUCGGAGUAGAUAUCCUUUGUGUCGAAGUAGAUGUGUUUUGUGUCAGACUAGAUGUCCUUUGGGUUGUACUAGAUGUUCUUUGAGUUGGACUAGAUGUCCGUUGGGUUGGACUAGGUGGACAUUGCGUUGGACUUGAAGGCCUUUGGGUUAGACUAGAGACUAGAUGUUGUUUGGGCUGGACUAGAUGUCCUUUGUGUUAGACUAGAUGUCCUUUGUGUUAGACUAGAUGUCCUUUGGGUUGGACUAGAUGUUCUUUGAGUUGGACUAGAUGUUCUUUGAGUUAGACUAGAGACUAGAUGUUGUUUGGGUUGGACUAGAUGUCCUUUGUGUUAGACUAGAUGUCCUUUGAGAUGAACUAGAUGUCCUUUGUGUUAGACUAGAUGUCCUUUGAGAUGGACUAGAUGGCCUUUGUGUCAGACUAGAUGGCCUUUGUGUCGGACUAGAUGGCCUUUGUGUCAGACUAGAUGGCCUUUGAGAUGGACUAGAUGGCCUUUGUGUCAGACUAGAUGGCCUUUGAGAUGGACUAGAUGGCCUUUGGGUUGGACUAGAUGUUCUUUGAGUUAGACUAGAGACUAGAUGUUGUUUGGGUUGGACUAGAUGUCCUUUGUGUUAGACUAGAUGUCCUUUGAGAUGGACUAGAUGGCCUUUGUGUUAGACUAGAUGUCCUUUGAGAUGGACUAGAUGUCCUUUGUGUUAGACUAGAUGGCCUUUGAGAUGGACUAGAUGUCCUUUGGGUUGGACUAGAUGUUCUUUGAGUUAGACUAGAGACUAGAUGUUGUUUGGGUUGGACUAGAUGUCCUUUGUGUUAGACUAGAUGUCCUUUGAGAUGGACUAGAUGGCCUUUGUGUCAGACUAGAUGGCCUUUGAGAUGGACUAGAUGGCCUUUGGGUUGGACUUGAAGGCCCGUGAGUUAGACUAGAUGUUGUUUGGGUCGGACUAGAAGGACCUUUGCGUGUGUUGCCUCCUGUUGUGUUUGUGCCUGACGUUGUUUUCUUUUUCCCCGUCUUCUCUCUGCGAAACGGCCGCUCCCACCCACAAUCCAUCUAAGGCAAUGCCCAGGCAGAACCCGGAGGGAGAGAGGACGAGAAGGGAAAGGCAGAAGGAGACACAACCCAAAGGAGAAGGAGAAGGAGAAGGAGAAGGAGGAGAAGACUCCGGUUCCCACCAUGGGGCAGAAGUGCAUGGAGACCGUGUCCUCCUUCCUCUUUGAGUACGACACCCCCAGGAUGGUCCUGGUCCGGAACAAGAAGGUCGGGGUCACUUUCCGGCUCAUCCAGGUCGUGGUCCUGGCCUACAUCAUCGGGCUGCCUUCAGAGCCCUGGGGAAUCUUUAGAACUGGUUUUUCAGUGACUGUGGGAAGAAGGAAUAAACCCUGUGCUUCCAGGUGGGUGUUUCUCUACGAAAAGGGCUACCAGUCCAAGGACGGGAUCAUCAGCUCGGUUUCGGUGAAGCUCAAAGGCCUGACGCUGACCAAUUUCAGCGACAUGGGCCCCUACAUCUGGGACGUGGCCGACUACGUUUUCCCGCCGCAGGGAGACAGUUCCUUUGUGGUGAUGACCAACUUUAUUGUGACUCGGGGACAAAAACAGGAGAAAUGUGCCGAGCAUCCAGAGGCGGGGAAAUGCGACGGGGACGGCAAGUGCGCCGAAGGCACGUUCCUGCGCCAGGGCCAAGGAAUCAUGACCGGGAAAUGUGUGAAUUUCAGCCACACGCAGAAGACCUGUGAGAUCUUCGGCUGGUGCCCCGUGGAGAUCGAUGACGAGGUGCCCAACCCGCCUCUGCUUCUCGCCGCUGAGAAUUUCACCCUCUUUAUCAAGAACAGCAUCACUUUCCCCAAGUUCAAAGUCGCCAGGCGCAACCUGGUGGAGAAGGUCACCAAGGCCUACCUGAGGAACUGCACCUACCACCAGGUCCGGGACCCCUUGUGCCCCGUCUUCCGCUUGGGCCGCGCCGUGGAGGCCUCCGGGCAGAGCUUCGCCUCCCUCGCCCGCAAGGGCGGAGUGGUUGGCAUCACCAUCAGCUGGGACUGCGACCUGGACUGGCCCAUCAAGCACUGCGUCCCCGUCUACCAGUUCCACGGGCUUUACAACGAAGACAACAACAUCUCCCCUGGGUUCAAUUUCAGGCACGCCAGGUAUUACCGAGAGAACGGCCGGGACGUGAGGAACCUCUACAAGGUCUUCGGCAUCCGCUUCGACAUCCUGGUGAACGGAAAGGCUGGGAAAUUCGACAUUAUUCCAACGAUGACCACCAUCGGUUCCGGGAUCGGCAUCUUCGGCGUGGCCUCCCUCGUCUGCGACGUGCUUUUGCUGAAUUUCCUCUCCAACCGGGAUUAUUACAAGCAGAAGAAGUUCAAGUACGCGCAACAGGACUCGGUCCCGCCGGAAAAAGAGGACGGCGACGGCUUCUUCAUGUCUGACCUGCACGGGAAGGACAAGGGCCCUCCGGGAAACUGAUCCGCUUUCCACCCACAUAUGCCUUUGAAUGGACCCCACGGCGGAGCAACACAUCGCAGCACAGGAUCCAUGGAGUCGGGAAAAGAUGAGAAAUCAUAUAUUUUAUGAGAGCAAGAGAGCAAUAAAUCUCUAGUUUUGGGUACUA